AAGAAAAUGCGGCAAUGGAGAAGCUUCGCGGAAGGUGCAUUCCAAUCCUCCAUUUAAUGCCAUGCCCUCCGCUCCCUCUUUCCAAUCACCUUCCCCUCUAACCCUAACUACCCACCAACCCCUUUCGCCCUCUCUCUGCAAAUCUUGCCGGAAAACUAUAAAUUCCCGCUAGUUCUCCAGCAAUGAAGUUCACAGUCCUGCCCAUUUUCAGGUUGAAAAAAUCCCCCUCCCUCUCUAAAUCCGACCCUCUUUCCUUUGGCUCCAACACCUCUUCUACUUCAUCUUCCUCCUCUGAUUCUUCCACUAGCCUCAAAGAAGCCCCGACACCGAAGAGUGUCCUCCCCCCUAAUACCUUUUCCCCAAAAUCUGGCCGGAAAACCGCUGAAGUUCACCGGAAAACCGCUUCGAAAAGAUACACCGGUUCUGAUAAACGCUCUGACUUGGAGAUUGAAGAAAUAUACGAUACCUGCCGGAUACUCGAGCUCGUCGGAGAUGGAAAGAUCUCGAAGGAAGACGUGGGUCCCGUUUUCAGGGCAUUAGGAGUGGAGCCACCGUCCUAUGAGGAGCUGAGAAACGUGGCAACUGAUGAUGAGGGGAGGAUAAGCUUGGAGGACCUGGCUCGGUUCGGCGCGCCGGCUUCGGCGGAGGAGCCGGUCAGCGAGUUGAUGGAGGCUUUCGGAGUGUUCGAUCGAGACGGGGACGGUCGGAUCUCGGCCGAGGAGCUCCAGGGUGUGCUCUCGGCUCUGGGUGAUGCCGAGUGCACAGUCGGGGACUGCCAUCGGAUGAUCAGGGGAUUCGAUUCGGACGGUGAUGGCUUCGUAUGUUUCCAAGACUUUGCGCGCAUGAUGACCAUGCACCAGACCUCCUCAUGAUCGGCUCCAUACGCAGCUCUUGAGAGAGAUAAAUAAGAAAUUCAGAGGAAAAAUACGAGUGAUCUUUAUAUUUCGUUUUAUUUUGGGGAAAUUAAACUGUACAUGGUGCAAUGUAAUGGGAUGUGAUUUUGCAGUUUUUUUUUGAGAUCUUAGGCAUUUGUCUGGAUAUUGUUCAUCUCUCUCUCUCUAGAAAUUUUCUUUGAUGUUUUCUUUAUUGGGUACUCCCAAUGGGGUUAUUAAUUAAAUAAGUUCUUAAUCAAUCGGAAAGUAGCAUUAUAUGGUUCUAUUUU